UUUCCUUCGAGAAAAAUUGACAACUGACUCUAUCAUCACCCUUCUAGCCCAGAACAGACACCAGUUCCGUGAUACUUGAGCCCGUCGUCAACGUUAUUAUCUCCGAGGCUAACGACAGCCACCACCGAUAGAUUGCCAGGGCACCAUUUUACAGCGAUUUCUCCACCAAUCAACAGCUAUCCAGUUAAAUGGGCCGCAAACCACUCUCCCAACGCGAACGGGCCUACAAGGUUGCAUGCGAGCGAAUCGCACUCAGGAUCGAGGGUAAGGAGCAACAGAUCUCCGCCAACCCAGAGUCAGGAACAAACGAUCCGGAAGGUAGUGCAGAGGUCGAUCCACGAGGAUCAAAUACGGUAGGUCGAGGAGGAGGAAACGCUCGAAACAACAUAGGCCCGAACGAAAAUGAUAACAAAAAAGUCGAAUUCGACAACAAGCUCCAUAUCCGAUGGAUCGAAGCGGCAGGAUGCAAGCCCAUCUUCACGAACAACGCGCCUCCAGUUACUGCCACCCCACCCAGUGGAAUUCUCAAGCGUCGGCCCGAACAUCCGGUCUCCUCUGCACCAAAAAUUUUGGCCGAAUUCGAGCACGGCAACCCGGCCUUGGUGGAAACCUUCCUGACAGACGACCCAAGACUCCAAGAUUGCAACGACUGGAAGCAGUCAAUCUGCACUCCAAAGAUCGAUGGCGCAGUGAUUCUAGUCGACGGUCUGCCAAACCCAAUCGAGAUCCCAAUCAGCGAGAGGCGCUUCUUGUCGGCACGCCGAGUGCUGAAGCUUGUGUAUUCAGAAUUGAUGAAGAACGUCGAGAGUAGGAUUUGGUGGAGGUCGAUUGAAAGAUGGAGGAGAAAAGAGAUCGCGAAGGCGUGGAUGAAUCGGGUCCAGACCGAACACAACUUGAAAGUGGGAAUACUCGUCCCGAGUCCGCCUCUGAAACUCGUCGACUAUUUGCUAGAGAACGUCGUCUUUGACGGAUUUUCGUUCGUGAUGAUAGACGCUUCUGGCCGGACAUGGUUGAAAAUGCACACCAAGACCGUCCAAUGCUCUUAGAUGAGGGUAAAUACGGGAAUAAUAAGGCAGUCAGGCAUCUCAUAACGAACGGGACACUAGAAAAGAGA